AUACCGUCGGCGGGAUGGCUGAACGGCCUGACGCCUGUCCCUCGCUCGCCGCACUAUCUGUUAGUUGCGGAUUGUGUCGCCGGCUCUCUACUCCGGCUAGACACGCGCACAGGAUCCGUUAAAACCGUCAUCUCGGACCCUCUCUUUGCCCCUGUCCCCGAACCUGGGUCGAACCUACUUCUCGGCAUCAACGGAGUUCAUGCCCUGGGCGGAUGGCUCUACUUCACCAACACUAAUCAGGGAUUGUACGGUCGCAUUGCCAUUACGCAUGACGGUCUUGCCGUCGGGACCCCGGCAGAGGUCAUCGCGCGGGGACUCAACGGGUCGACAUUCGAUGACUUUGCCCUGAGGCGUGACGGCGUUGCAUUCCUUGCCACUGGCUUGGGAGGGCCCAACGGCAUUGAGAAGAUCACGGCCGCAGGCAAGGGGCGCCUAGUAGCUUCAUGGGAGUAUGGCUCCCCAGACAUCAGCCAGCCAGUGUCGGCCGUAUUUGGUCGAACGAAGCGGGAUCAGGGCAUUCUGUACUUUGCAACCGCGGGA